GGCUCUGAAAACCAACAAGGAAAAUGGCAGCCCAGAUGAAGAAGUGGCUGUUACUUGUGUGUGGCGCUGUCCUGCUGCGAGCCAGUGACCCUGUCAGAAUUGAAGCGGAUGAAGGUGAAGACGUGCUCCUGCCCUGCAUUGUUGAACGUAGAGCCGCCGACCGUUGUCCAAACCCUACAGUGAACUGGCAGCGGUCAGGGAGUGAAGUCGUGAACAGCUACUUCAAUGGCAAGAACCACCCAGUGUAUCAGUCUGAACGAUAUAAGGGGAGAACGGAGUUCGCUUCUCAGGGAUUGUCCGAGGGCAACGUGUCUCUGCUACUGAAGAAUGUAACCCCCGCUGACUUCGGGAACUACACCUGUCAUGCUAGUUUAUAUGAGAACAGCCCCCAAACUUUACACACUGUCCUGCUGAUGCAGAAAAAGACCCAAGGUGCAAACGUUCCAGGAGGACGUGAAAACCGGCUCCGCAUUCUAAGCAUUUGUGUCCCAUUGAGCGCACUAGUGAUUCUUGUAGGGGGUUCUGUAGGAUACUGUUGCUGUAAAAAGAAGACUACGAAGUCUAAAGCAGGUGAUGUGGAAGCAGCUCCGGAAAUGGAGGAAUUCACAUGCCCCAGAAACUCAGAAAAUACUUCAGUGACUCCCCUACACUGAACUGGUACCACGACUCUGCCCUCCUCGGCUGUGACUCGCCACCCACAGCUUUUCUCUGAACUGCAUCCUGCCGUGCAGGGCUACAACAAGGAGUCCAGUGGCACCAGAUCCCUCCUUGUUUUUGUGGCUACAGAGUAACAGGGCUCCCCCUGAUACCUGCGGGGCUGCUUUACUCUGGCGUUUCCCCCUAACGUGACCCUGCUCCACUUUGCAACCUGGGAACCCUUUUUAGGUGAGACUGAUAAGCAGCAGGCUCAACGAACUGUAAACCAAGCUGCUCAUUGUUGUUUGAACGGGAAAGGGCUGAAAUGGGUGAAAGGCAGGGAAGGAACCCAAGGCUGCCGUGCACUGGGAAAGCUGGAGUCUCGCAAAGCAAAGUGAGCUGCAGACUGUGUUUCUCUUCAAUAAUACACCUGGCCGACCUGCCUCCGUACCUUACUGGAGUCUGUGGUCAUUGGGGGUUCUCCUGGGGUUUGCUGUGUCAGCGACCUGCGCAGAGCCGGGGCAGCACACAGAGGGAACACGCAGGCAGCCGACUGAUAGCAACAUUGAGCAGAGCACCACACCGGUAGCGUCUGACGACACACUCAUUUGCUUACACACCCAGGGAGAAUAAUUUCUGUAGUUAGAAAUACACAACACAAUGAAAAUCAUUGUAGAUGCGUCUUGUUGCAUUUGUGGAGCACACGCUGCAGACAGAAGGAAGGUUGAGAGUUCGGUCAUUUCCUCACGUGUGCAAUAGAGCGGGUCAGAGGGAGAGAGCCGAGGCGGCUCUCGCUCGCUCAGGUACUUUCCCCAAAUCAAUGUGCAAACGUGUCUUUGCUUUCAGCAGUAACUAGAGGUUUUGUGUCUUCCACCUAGGUAAUAAGAGUCCUUGAUUAUUCUUCCUGUGCGAGUUACCGCUUGUAACAGGACGGUUAAUUCACAUUGGUACAGAGGAGCUUAAAAUGACACCAUCAUCGUAGUGAGUUUCUCUACAACUCUAAAAAUGGAUUAAAAUAUCCCAAAACCUACCUGGAGACCGUCGGUGGGGUACAGCUCAUUUCCCAACUGUAUCAUGUAUGAGUUGCAGACCAGAGCUAUCUCAAGUGUCAAGGGAGAAACUUAAGCACAGAGAGAAGUAGAUCGUCCGUCCUGUCCUCUCUCGGAAGAAACUGGAAUGUUUUUACGGCAGAGACAAUUUGUCUGUUUUCCGUGCAGCCCCCAUCUCCCUUUGGAGAACACGCUGAAAUGCACAGAAAGCUCUUCAGCUUGAGAGACCUUCUUACAGCGCAGUCAGAAAGUUUCCAACAUUUGAAAAAGACCUGGCUUGGUUUGUGUCCACAUUUAAAAUAGAGAUUUCCUAAUGGUGCAAACUAGUGACAGGAGUGACCCAGUCCCCCCCAGCCAGUAACCACUGGGCCAGGGGAUGACGGAGGUGAGGUAGCAAAUUGCGACAGUGCCGCACACGUUUGAACACCCACAGGUGUCUGUAAACAAAGUUGUUUGUUGUUUUAGUGAGAAGGGUUGAAAUUGGCGAAAGGUAACGAAGUGCUUCUAUCGAAUGGCACUGGAGGUAAAAACUCAGAAAUCACCCAAGGGAAAGGUGAGUCUGAUGCUGUGCUGGGUUUAUUGCCUUAAAAGGAAAUUUCCAUAGUCUGGAAGGUACUUCAGAAGAAAAAAACAAAACAAAAAAACUUCAGCAAACCACAAAAUCCUGCCAGUGAGUGAUUAAAUGAGGAAUUAAUUUAAUUAGUUCUCUGGCAAUGCUUAGGCCACUUCCAUACCAAACUCGAGCCUCACCUCUGCAAGAACAGUUAUGAAGGAGAGAGAAUUCCUUCCUUAGGGACCUCUUUGGCAACUUGUCAAUGGUUGUUGUGAAGGUGCUGCCCGGGGGAGCCAGCUGAGGUCACUCAAUCAAGGUGAACUGCAAACCAAACGGGGCAGACAAACCCCAGCAGCUGGUGGUUAUUCCAAUACUGAAGUUUACCAACCAGCACAGAACAGCUUCUGUAGCACCUCACUGGUUACUCACAAGUCCAAACACCACAGUUCCCUUCAAGUGCCCAGCCUCAGGCCUCCGUCCAGACACACAUAUCAGAUAUGAUGAUGAU